AUGAUUAUUGCUGCUGCUGUGAAGAAAUGGGUGGCAUUUGCCUCGCUUUUCUUCAUACUGGUGUCCAUAACCACAUUCUGCCUGGAGACACACGAGGCCUUCAACCCCAUCGUUAAUCGCACAUUUUUUAACGCUCUCGACAACACCACCAAGUUUCACCUGGAGACAGAGACAGUGGUCUACCUAACUUACAUCGAGGGAGUGUGUGUGGUGUGGUUCACCUUUGAGUUCCUCAUGCGUGUCACCUUCUGUCCGGACAAAAUGAAAUUCAUCAAAAACACCCUAAACAUCAUAGACUUUGUGGCCAUCCUGCCAUUUUACCUGGAGGUAGGCCUGAGUGGGCUUUCUGGUUCAGAAGCAAAGGACGUUCUAGGUUUCCUCAGAGUGGUGCGAUUCGUUCGGAUCCUCCGAAUCUUCAAGCUGACGCGACACUUCGUGGGCCUGCGCGUACUGGGACACACUCUCCGCGCCAGCACUAAUGAGUUCCUCCUGCUUAUCAUCUUUCUUGCUCUUGGAGUGCUGAUCUUCGCCACCAUGAUCUACUACGCCGAGCGAAUCGGUGCCAAUCCCAAUGACCCGCGUGCCAGCGAUCACACCCACUUCAAAAACAUCCCAAUUGGCUUCUGGUGGGCAGUUGUGACUAUGACCACGUUGGGCUAUGGAGACAUGUAUCCUCAGACUUGGUCAGGCAUGUUGGUGGGUGCAUUGUGUGCUCUGGCAGGUGUGCUAACCAUCGCCAUGCCUGUGCCUGUCAUUGUCAAUAACUUUGGGAUGUACUACUCUCUAGCCAUGGCUAAGCAGAAGCUACCAAAGAAAAAGAACAAGCAUAUUCCCCGUGCCCCCCAGCUGGGCUCACCUAACUACUGUAAGUCCACCAUGAACUCACCCCACCACAGUCCACAAAGUGACCAUUGUGCUCCCGCUGCCCAGGAGGAGAUUUUAGAAAUGAGCAGAGCAGAUCCCAAAGUGAACGGUGAUGCAGCUAAAGCAGCGCUGGCCAAUGAGGAUUGUCCCCACAUAGACCAAACCCUUUCACCUGAGGACGGCCAGAUCUUUAACCCAAGUGAGCCACUGGGAGAAACUCCUCGUUUUCUGCUGAACGUCGGCAGACGAUCUACAAACACGGGUACCCGAGUGAGGAAGGCCGGAAUGUUCUCAGGGAGGUCAGGGGCGGAGCCGGCCGGCCCGACGCAUGGCACACAGGGUUACCCACUCCUGCAGCUAGGCUGGGCGCACAGCCCAGAAGACGGCCAUGCCAGGGUCACCACCUGAUACCCAUCCAUGUUUCCCUGUCUAACACAAUAGCGUUCAAAUCGCUCACAGCAGCCUUAGAUAAAUAAAAGGCCCCUACAUGCUAUGUAGCUUCACAGGUUGUCAAUUAACAUCACCAGAUGUAGUGAUAUUAAGACCAACACGUUUUCAUAUAAUCUGACACCACUGUUUAGUUUUUACAUAGACUUCAGAUUGCAAACAGAGUUAACUUUCCACAGCAAUUACACCACUUACAACGACAACAUAAACCUGCGAUUUCUGAUCACAUUCAAAAGAUUUUCUGCUACCACCCACCAAUUUGUCACGUGACAAUUUUCUAACCAGUUACGUUGUCUGUCUGUGUCUUAUGACAUGUUGCUCUGUGUGAGCAUGCUCUGUUUGACUCCAGAUCUUACCUACUGCCAAAAGCACCACAAGAUCAUGACCAAGCAAAACUACACACACUGUUCCCAACAAAUAUGUUUCUUUGUCUUUGUGUUUUAUAUAUGUUGUGUAAGUUUCUGAGUGUUUUUAGUGUGUGUGUGUGUGUGUGUGUGUGUAUGUGCGUGUGCAUGUAGUGCUUUUUCGGAGUGCCGUUUUUUUUUCUGUAGCAUUACGUUGUGCAUGUGUUGGGACAGUCCUACGGUCCUUGCCGCAAUCUAUCCUGAUGCCUGUAUGGUAUUGGAUGAGAAGUGAAGACUUGGUUUUGCACAAAGGCAAAUCAUAUGAUGAGAUGAUGUAUACACCAUUGACAUGUGUGACACCCUCUUUCAUUUUGAUUCAAAACUCGCAAUGAGCCAUUAGUGGAGAAAUGUGAUAAGCAACAA